AUGAAGUUCCUUACAUGGAAUGUCAGGGGCUGCAAUGCCCUUGACAAGCGUCGCAUUAUCAAAAGAGGAUUUGAUCAGGCAAAACCAGAAGUUAUUUGCAUACAGGAAACUAAGUUAGGUAGUGAAGAGGCGGCUAGGAUUCUUGGUGUUAGACAGAGGUGGUCUGGUUUUUUUGUUGAUGCAGAGGGGGCUUCAAGUGGUCUGGAUAAGUGCCAGCUAUGGGAGGAAAUUUCCAAGACUUUAGAGGAUAUUAGGUCGGCCAUAACGAUUGUUGCAGGGGAUUUCAAUGCCACCCUUUCCCACUCGAACAAGCGUGGAGGGGUGGCUGCUAAAGGUGGGAAUUUUACGUGGACCAAUAGGCGUUUGGGUUUCUCCAACAGAGCUGAGAAACUCGAUAGGUUCUUUUUGACAGGGGAUCAAAACCUGGUUCCCCUUAUUUUUGAGGCGAAAGUUUUGGCAAUCUCAGGCUCGGAUCAUUUCUCGGUCUCACUUGUUUUGCAGAAGGAUGGAGUUCCGCUCAGAUGCCCCUUUAAGGUGGAAAAGAUGUGGCUAAGGGAGCAAGGCUUCAGAGAUCAGAUUGAAGGCAAGCUAGGGGCUCUGAACUUGAAAGUCCUUGCAGAGGGAAUGGACGAGGUGAACUACCUCAUGAAGAAAGACUUGCUCAGUAGAUAUGGGGAAGUAUUGCAAAGGGGAGAGAUUUUCUGGAGGCAAAAAUCACGUGAGAAUUGGAUUAGAGCUGAAGACAGAAACACAAAAUUCUUCCAUAGUUCUGUGAAGAGUGGGGUUGAUCAAGACAAGUUGAAAGAUGAGUUUUUGGUUGUGAUCCCUCAAUUAGUUUCUAGGGAGGACAAUCAGAUGGUUGAGAAGCCUGUCUCUCUGAAGGAACUGAAAGCAGUAGGUUUUGGUCUUGGUGGGGAGAAAGUGUCGGGUUCAGAUGGCUUUCAGGCUUUCUUUUACCAUUUUUUUUGGGAUUUGUUAGGUGGCGAGCUGUUUGUGAUGGUUGAAGAGUCCAGGACUAGGGGUUUUAUCCUGAAAGAAUUCAAUUGUACUCUUGUGGCACUUAUCCCAAAGAAAGUUAAACUAGUGGGCUUCGAGGAAUUCCGCCCGAUCUCGUUGUGUAAUACUAUUUACAAAAUCAUUUCAAAAAUUGCUCCCAACAGACUCAAAUUGAUCUUGGAAAAACUUAUUUCCUGUGAACAGAGCGCUUUCACCCCAAGGAGGAACAUUGUUGAUGGGAUUAUUGUGGCUCAUGAAGCGAUUCAUACGGCCAUGAAGAGCAGACAGAGAAGAAUGAUGCUGAAGCUUGCCAUCCGGAAAGCCUACGACAGAGUUGACAGGUCCUUUCUUUUGGCUGUGCUUGCCAAGUUCGGCUUCAAAGUUGGUACUCAGAGGGCCAUUGCCAGACUCUUUGGUAUCAGAAUUGGACAGCUCCCUGGGAAGUUUCUUGGUACGCUGCUCUUUGUUGGAGCGAGUAAGACGAAGAUUUGGAAAGGACUACUUGAUGGUUGUAAAGCAAAAAUGGAGGGUUGGAAAAGUAAAUGGCUCACGUUGGUUGGUCGCAUUUUAAUUUUGAAAUCAGUAAUCUCGGCAAUGCCAAUUUUCUCCAUGGCUUGCUUUAAACUUCCAGGCACGAUCAUUAAGAAUAUUCAACAGAAAAUGAGGAAAUUUUUGUGGAACAAUAAACAAGAUCAGGACAAAAUUCCUUUAAUGGCUUGGGAUAGAGUUUGUAAACCGAAAGGGGGUGGAGGCGCGGGGCUUCGUGACUGGAAGUUAAUCAAUGAAGCUAUGGGAGCGAAAUUGGUUUGGCACAUGUAUAGUGAGUCGAAGCAGAGAUGGGUACGUAUUCUUCAGGCUAAGUACUUGGCCAAUGGAGAUAGGGAGAGGAUUCUCACAGUUGAAAAUCCCUCGAGAGGAUCUGCCCUUUGGAACUUUCUUGUGAAUUGUAGAAGUCUAGUUACCAAUCAAUUGACUUGGCGAAUUGGAGAUGACCAUAAGGCUAGUUUUUGGCAGGAUUCUUGGGACAGAUGUCCAUCCUUGGAUGUCGGGGAUCCCCAGCGGAUUGUUCAAAAGACCAUCCAACAUUGGGGAGACAAAGUGAGUGAUUUUCUAGUCCAAGAUUCAUUCGAUCUGGGACAACGAAUGACUUGGAAGGAUCCUAGUGAUCUGGAUUUGGAGGAGGUUGAUCAAAGGACGUUGAGGAAUAUCCUAGCAAGCAGAGAGGUGAUGAGUUCUAGGGAGGAAGAUGAAAUCAUUUGGUGUGGUGCGAAGAGUGGUAUUUAUUCAGUCAAGCUGGGGUAUGCUUUGUUGGAGGCAAAUGUCAGGAGGGUGGAUUAG